AUGAGCUGCCUCCUGUUCUGGUGUUGUAGAGGGCGACAGUCCGAUUCCGACGGAGAAACUAACGCAAAUGAAGAGCAACUGCGUAGAGAUGGAGUUCAAAUCAAGAAGAAGAAAAAGUGGAGAGCAAGAAAACGGAAGAGACAGCAGGAAAAAGAACCGGCAGUGGACGUAGGAAGAGCCGAAGAACUCCAAGUAGCCCCACAGCCGGCAGCGGGAGAGGAGGGCAGCGAUGGUCCACACCUCCCAGCAGGUACUGUGUGUGGUAGCUUGGAGAGAAUCUCUGCUGGGUCAGUGGAGAAGAUGGAACCUCCUCUACUUGAGGACUUCCACUCCACAAAGGCCAUUCCUGGAGCCAGCAAUGAUCCAGCAGGAAAUUUGCUGGAUCAGAUCGAGGCUGAAGCCGAGGCCGAGGCCAUUAAAGCGCUCAUGUCCACUGACCUGGAUGAGGAGGCGGACAACAACCAACCUCUGGAGAAUCAGACGACGAGCAGUGAAGCAGAAGCCAUCGAACAACUGAUGGAAGCCUUACUGCAGGAGGUUGAGGCACACAGCGCCGCUCUGACUGAAACAGAAGAACUGAUGAACGACGUUCCUGCAAAUGAAGUCAAAGCAGAGGAACAAGAGAGAAACAUCAGCUCAGAGACAUGUGAGACAACUGAAGCAGACAAAGAAGACCUCUCUACGCGAAUAUCAGGAGACAGAGGCAUCCAAGUGGGAGGUGUCGAUCAGUCGCGACACCAGCAAGCAUUUGGAGAGAAAAGAACUCUGUCAGAGAACUCAGGACCCUGUGAAAGAGCACCGGAAACGGAUCCUCAGGAGCAGAGGAGGGCGCAGAGAAAGGAGGGUAGGAGAGAGUCAUGCCACUGGACAGUUAAACAUGCUCUGAAGACCCUACAAGCCCCUCCCGAGGAAAAGAGUGCUCCACAGAGGGAGUACAGAACACAGCCUGAGAACCCAAGAAGCUGUGUACGAGCACCUAACACUGAUCCUCAGCAGCAGAGGAGGGCGCAGAGAAAGGAGGGUAGGAGAGAGUCAUGCCACUGGACAGUUAAACAUGCUCUGAAGACCCUACAAGCCCCUCCCGAGGAAAAGAGUGCUCCACAGAGGGAGUACAGAACACAGACUGAGAACCCAAGAAGCUGUGUACGAGCACCUAACACUGAUCCUCAGCAGCAGAGGAGGACACAGAGGAAGGAGGAUAGGGGGGAGGUGCGUCAUUGGACAUUUAAAUAUGCUCUGAAGACCCUCCAAGCCCCUCCUGUCAGUGCUCCACAGACAGACAGUAGAGAGUGUCUCAGAGUCAGAACAGCUGACAUCAGGCAGAAGACCCAUCCCACACCACCAAACAAGCCGAGAGACAGAGGAUGUCGAAAGGGCGAGUAUGGGAGAGGAGCUGCCCAGGGCUGGCAGAGCGAGUCCUGUUGCCAGAGGAGGGACGCUCCACGAACUCCUUCAAACAACGGAGGACGUGUGAGCGAGAGAGGAAAGAGAGGAAAUCCCGCUCAGUGUACCCCUGCACGCACUGAGAGGAAUCAACGGACUGUGAGAGAACCCAACUGGCAGCAGCACGAAGACCGCUCUGCAGAACCUGAAGAGAGAGAGACCAGAGACAGAGGCCAGAAAAAGAAAUGGUCAAAUGGAAACAGGCAGUGGAGGAGUGGGAGAAGACCGGAUGCCUCACAUUGACCAGUGAAAAACCCACAGAAGGUGAAGCACAGGUCAUUAAAGAUCUAGUGCUCACUGACCUACAGAGACACAGACUGACAGACUGACUCAGACUAGAACUCCACCUCUACACUACAACCAAACCAAUCAUCACAAACAGCUGCUGCUUAUUCAUGGUAAAGCAGGAGAUGAGAUGCUUGAGGUGGUGCCCACAGGAGAUGAAGCACGGGU